AUGGUGGCAAAGGGCAGCUCUUUGGAACAGAUCUGGCAACAGUGGAAACUGGAGCAUCAUAAGAACUAUGCCACCAUAGCUGAAGAAGAGGCUCGGAAAGAAAUAUGGAAGCAAUCAUACCAUUGUAUUACUCAGCACAACUUUGCACAGCACAAGUUUUUUCUCGCCUUGAAUCAGUUUUCAGAUAUGACAGAUGAAGAAUAUGGAAACAGUUAUUUGAGCGCUGUGGAUGCCACAACCUUAAAACGCUCCUUGACGUUAUAUUCAAGAAACGGGAAUGAAGCUGAGGAGAUUGACUGGAGAGAGAGGGGACUUGUGUCCAAUGGCUGGCAGUGUGUGUCAAAAUUUUGUCAAAAGGUAGCAACUUGUUUAGGUUAUGUUGACGUUAGUGAUGGAAAUGAAAAUGAUCUACUCAAUGCCGUAUACACACUUGGACCAGUGAGUGUAAUGGUUGAUGCAGCUAGUUACACAUUCAAGUACUACAAGGGAGGUAUCUACUGUAACCGUGGAUGCAGUAGUACCAACCUUAACCAAGCCAUGCUAGUGGUGGGGUAUGGAUAUGACUCAUCCGCUGGUGAAGAUUAUUGGAUCUUGAAGAACAGUUGGGGGAAAACUUGGGGUGAAGAUGGCUACAUGCGGAUUGCAAGAAAUCGCAACAACACUUGUGGAGUAGCUACUUUGGCUAAUUACCCCAUAUUGAAUGGUGAAUGGGAGGCAUGGAAAAGAGAGCAUGGAAAAUCAUAUACUGAUGAUCUCGAAGAGUCCCUGCGUCAUGCCAUCUGGUUCCAAAAUUACCAUCACAUCGAGGAGCACAACAAGAAAGAGUCUUUUCAACUUGGUCUAAAUGAAUUUGCUGAUUUGACCCGAGAGCAGUUUGUUCAGAAGUACCUAAACCCAGUAGAUGUGGAAUCUUACCUCCAGUCUGCAACUGAAGUGUUUUCUGGCAGCAAUAUAACGUGUCCCUCUAGUCUGGACUGGAGGUCUAUGGGCUUUGUGACAGACAUCAAGAACCAAGGAAGUUGCAAGUCUUCAUGGGCAUUUAGUGCCACUGGAGCUUUAGAGGGACAGCUGUACAAAGCAUCGAGGACACUGGUCUCCCUGAGUGAGCAGCAGCUCCUUGACUGCUCUGAAGCAUUUGGAAAUAAUGGAUGCUAUGGUGGAGUAACAUCAAACGCCUUUACUUACGUCACCAAGUGUGGAGGCGUUUGCAGGGAGUCUAGCUACCCUUACCUCGGAUAUGUCAAUGGCUGUGCAGCAAACUACUGCUCAAAGGUGUUUUCCUGCACUGGAGGAUAUGUAAGGAUUCAGUCUGCAAAUGAGAAUGCCCUGAUGCAGGCUACUUACAAUGUUGGACCUCUAAGUGUUGUCCUGGAUGCAUCAAGCAUUUCAUUUCAGUACUAUACUGAUGGAAUUUAUUGUGAUACUGAUUGCAACCAGUCUGGACUCAAUCAUGCAAUGCUGGUGGUGGGCUAUGGAACUGACUCUAGCAGCGGAGUUGACUACUGGAUCCUUAAGAACAGCUGGGGCAAGUCUUGGGGGUUGAAUGGCUACAUGAAGAUUGUUCGUGGCAAGAACAUGUGUGGCAUUGCAACUGCAGCAACCUACCCACUGAUAUCUUAG